GAUGAAAUUUGAUUUUGUAAGCAAAGCAGAAAGAUAACCUAGGCUAAUUCUCUUUUAAUUUUUUAAAACAUUUUGUACAUUGUACUGCUAAGUUUUUAAUGGUCAAUUAUUGUUUAUAAUAAUGAAUCAGAUCGAAAAUGAGAAUUUGUGUUACAAUACAAUUGACAGUCUUUUAAGCAUGUCUAUUCAAUCGAUAGCCACAGAUAAAUGGUUGGACUGGGAAUCGUUGACGAUUCUUCCUGCGCCGAUCAAGACCCGCAUACUGCGCAUGCUCAGCAAACGCGGUUUUCUGACCAGUGACGCAAUGUCUGCACUUCUCACCAGUGACGUUCAAGAUUUGAAUCUGAGCGAAUGUGUGGUUACAGACGGUCACCUAAAGCUGAUCGCCAGGUGUAAGCGCAUGCGUAACCUCAAUAUGAACAGAGGACGUUAUCAAAAUCAUUCUUUCACUACUGAAGAGCUGAUGAAUUUAAUACCAAAAAUGCCUCAUUUGACGCAGUUGUUCACCGAAGGCAGUAUGAGCAUAACGGAUGAAGUGAUUGAACAAUUGGCAUCGAGCUGUGUUAAGUUGGCAACACUGGACGUUGGCAAUUGUCCCCUGACUGACAAAGCCGCCCAAAGUAUUGCCAAAAUGUUACUGUUUUCUCUCAACCUUUCAAACACCAGGGUUUCUGAUGCCGGAGUGUUUUCAAUCGCAAACGGUGCCUGCAGUCGAACGUUGUCAGAGGUGAAGAUGAACAAUUGCCAGCUGAUAACUGAUGACGCAAUUUGCAGUGUGGCUGAGAACUGUCCCAAUCUGGAAAUCCUUGUCUGUCAUGGGUGUCCGCGAUUAACAGAACAAUGUGAACACAUCCUAACCUGCCUCCUUUCAAAACGGAACGUGAAGCAUCUAACCUACACUGUCUUCUGAAACUUGAAUCUCCAAUAUUCUAAAAUUAAAUUGUUAUUUAAAAAAAUGAAUAGACUGUGGCAAGAUUCACAAAUAUGGCAGCAUUGGUUGUAUGGGAACCUUUGGUGCUAUAUAUUAGGAAUUACUGACAGUUUAAAGUGUUGUUGAAAAACUGUCAUUGGUGAGAGGUGUCAUGUAUUAAACACCUGUUGAUGGCACCGAUUUUUUAAUACAGUAUAGAAAGAUGGA